GGAGGAGCCUGCGAGCCCCCUUUUUUUUUUUUUGUCAGCUGGUCUCUUCGGCUCCAAACACGUCAAAUACUCACCAAGACAAGUUAACUUAAGGCCGUUAACCACCGUCAGCGGGCUUUAAAAAUGAGUGAACCGAGGAGCCGGACUCAGCGGCUCCAAGUUGACAAACUUUAACAAAGAGUCCGCUUGUGUCGCUCCCUCUUGUGAGAAGACUCAUGAAAGGGAGAGUGUUUUUUAUUGUCCUAGCUUGGUGGCUAACGUUAGCUAUUUGUCUGGUGAGUUACCCGACAUGGCAACUAGAGGGGAGAUGUCUCUCCGGCAGAAGUAUCGUCGUCCGCCGGCCUGCGUGAAGCAGGAGCAGGAUGACGACUCGGACGCGGAGGAGACUCAGCUGGGUCUGCGGAGGUCCGACGGGCUGGAGUCUCAGAUCAUCCACAGCGGACACUUCAUGAUGUCCUCGCCCCACAGCGAGCACCCCCCGAAGAAAGGCUACGACUUCGACACUGUCAACAAACAGACCUGUCAGACCUACCACUUCGGCAAGGCGAGCAUGUCGCACCUGUCCAUCGACGCUUCUCUCACCAAGCUGUUCGAGUGCAUGACUCUGGCGUACAGUGGUAAGCUGGUGUCUCCCAAAUGGAAGAACUUCAAAGGUCUCAAACUGCUUUGGAGAGAUAAGAUCCGCCUCAACAACGCCAUCUGGAGAGCCUGGUACAUGCAGUAUGUGGCGAGAAGAGAGAAUCCUGUCUGUCACUUUGUCACUCCUCUGGACGGGACCAUGGACUUGGACAUCAACCGUCCCGCCGAGGCGAUUGCAGCAGAGGGGAAGUGUUGGAAAAGAAGAAUUGAAAUUGUCAUAAGAGAAUACCACAAGUGGAGGACAUAUUUUAAGAAAAGGUUAAACAAGCACAAGGACGAUGACCUCUCCAGUUUACUGAAGGGACCAGAGGAGCAGUUGUCGCUGUUUGGGGAAGUCUCUCCAGACAUGCUCCGUGUCUCCUUUUAUCAGGAUGAAGACCUGGCCGCACGUCGCCUCCCUCGCAAUCGCAACGAAACGCCCGCCCCCAUGGAGAUGGACCCCCUCUUCGACAUGGACGUGUUGAUGUCCGAGUUCUCGGACACGUUGUUCUCCACGCUGGCGUCGCACCAGCCCAUAGCCUGGCCCAAUCCGAGGGAGAUAGCUCAUGCAGGGAAUGCUGACAUGAUCCAACCAGGACUCAUCCCCUUACAACCCAACCUCGACUUCAUGGACUCCUUCGAUCCGCUUCAAGACUUAUUUCACAGCCUCCGUCAGCCCAUCUUCCCCUUUGUUUCCCCCACUGCCUCAUCUGUCACCCCUCUACCCAGCAGCAGCUCUCAGACUCAGGCCCAGCUAAUCUCCAUGCAGAUCCCAACCAACCACAUCUCCCCUCCCGACCCCCUGCCCAUCCCCUCUCCCAUGGCCGGUCAAACCAGCCAAACAGGAGGUAGUGAUGCUGCCUUUGUACAGAACUUCAUGCCUCUGUUUCCCGAGCAGGUGGCGCCCAGUGAAACUGUAGUGUCCUCUCAGCCGCUGUCCCAUGAUCCUCUGGCGCAGUGCCUCUCGGGUCAGGACAUGGCCUCAGCAUCACCCAUGGUCCCCUCCCCCCUGGACAGCACCUCAGCGACUGUAGUCCCGUCCGUGAAAGCGUCCUCCGCUGUCACGCCCAGCAACGCAGCCACCACCUUCAGCUCCGAGUACAGCUCCAUAUCCACUCAAGCUCCGCCUCCUCCUCCUUCUCAGCUCCAGCCCUUGGCUCCUUUAAAUGCUACUCCUGUGCAGCACGCUCAGACUUUUGCCCUGCCGCGCCCCUUUCAUUCAUCCAGUGCCAACAAGAGCCGGCCUGUGCAAAGGAUCGCUCCGGCUAACACACUCCCCGCCUCCCACCUCAUCCUCACAGCCCCUUUCCCAGGUCACGCGAAUGCUGUGAUUGUAACGCCGACGCCUCUGAAAGCAGAAGUUGUGCAGAACACAGGCGUGGUCAUCACUCCUUCUCAUCUUGCAGGGGCUCCUGGAUUUCACGUCGUGUCCCAGCAGUCCCCCCAGACGAUUGUGCACAAAGAAAAGUCUUACCCUUCCAGCCGCAAAAAUCAAAAAGCCUCGUCCAGUGUCGUGCACAGACAGCCAGGAUCAGGUCAAGGGUCACCGUGCAGGUUAGACCAAGUCCCCAGUCCCCAGGCUCUGAUCAGCAGCUGCAGUACAGCGCUGGUAAAGAAUGAACACAAUCAGGGUCGGAGGACGACUCACAUAUCUGCUGAACAAAAGAGACGAUCAAACAUAAACAUUGGCUUCAAAACGCUCUGCAACCUGGUGCCCACUCUGAAGUCUCAAUCAAAUAUCACUAAUGCAAUCACGUUGCAGAAGACAGUGGAGCACAUCGGGAAGCUGCAGCAGGAGAGGCAGCAGUUACAGGAGGAGGUCAGGAGACUACGAGAGGAGAUAGAGGAACUCAACACCUCCAUAAACUUGAGUCAGGAGCAGCUUCCUGCAACCGGUGUGCCAGUCAGGCGUCAGCGAAUCGACCACAUGCAGGAGAAGUUCAAUGAAUACGUGAAAAACCGAACUCUGCAGAACUGGAAGUUCUGGAUCUUCAGCAUCAUCAUCAAGCCGCUCUUCGACUCAUUCAACGGGAUGGUGUCGACUGCGACCCGAGCAGAGCUGUGUCAGACGACGCUGCAGUGGCUCGACCGUCACUGCUCUCUUCCCGUGCUGAGACCCAUGGUGCUGAGUACCCUCCGCCAGCUGAGCACAUCAACAUCGAUCCUCAGCGAUCCGUCCCUGCUACCUAAAGAAGCCAUCCAAGCCGUCACACACCCGGAUGUGUAGCCCCCCCCCCUCAGAGGAAGAGGACAACAUAUCGCUACCUUCCCUUCUGUUCACUCAGAAGGGUUACCACGUCUUCCACAGAUCCCCCUCUUCCCGCCUUAAUCUAUACAAAAAUGCGAGUGAGCCUUGGUGGACUUUGACUCUGCGUGGGGAAGCCGGGUAUUCGUUUUGAUUUGUUUGGUGACUCGUGGGAUUCAUGCACGCUGGAAGCCCCUUAUCUGACAUCAAGAACAACUUGGCUUUUUAUCUUUUUACAUGUGAAUGACGGCAAGUGCUACCGCCUUCAGAUACUGUCCGGGAAGAUCUUCUGAAUAUGUCAUCGGACGACGGGGCCUGUGGUGUGCUUUUCUUUGAACAAAAAUAUAUCUUUGAUUUUACUUUCACAACGUAAGAACAACUUUGUGUCAAAAAGGGAAAUAUUGAGUGCUUGUUCAUUUAGUUUUCUCUCUGAUGUAUAAAGUGCAAGAAGCUUUUUUUUUUCACAAGGAAAAUUACAUGAAUGUUGGAUUUCUUUCAGAAGUAUAGCUGACAGUAUAGUUUUUUAUUUUUUCGCCUGAAAGAUGAGUAAGUACUUAAAAGAGAGGUGAGAAUCCGUCCCUCAUUUACUCAGGUGAAUGUUAUUUAGCCAGUUAGCCUUUAGCGACCUUUAUGCUACGCUCCUGAAAAUUUCUAGAAAAAUGUCAUCUUCCCCUAGUGGCUCCUUCAAACAUUACGCCUCACAGUGGGAGAUUUCCCCUGUGGAGCGAGGGUGGUCUCAGGAGGCUGCAGAAGUCAUAAUGUAAUGUUUACAAAGACGGCAAACAAACAAACGCACAAACUGGUGAGCAGAAGAUGGAGCAUGAAGCCGCCUCGUUAAAUGUUUAAGAGCAGAAUGAAAGGAUCUCGUCUCCUGCUCACUCGCUCGACAUACGGUAUGUCUUGCUGCGUUCACACUUCAGCUCACCCUGACUUCUUGUUUUUAUUUUGACUGAGAGGCAGGCAGCAGAAAGUCUGCAUGAAGUCAGGGUGAAAAUGUGUCUUGUUUGCGUUCACACAUGCCCCUCAUCCUAAAAACUGUCAGGAGUUUUGUGCACAUACACAUACUUUGGUUUCUACUGGACAGGUCUUAUCAAACUUGAACGUUACUUUCAGCCCUCUUAGGGAGCAGAACUGAAAGUUCAGUGUAGUAUAAAUAAUUAUGAUACAACUUUACAUUUACAUGUACAGUGUUACGAGGUCAGAGCUGAAUGCACAGCAGCUGUAGGGGUCUUUAAGGGUCUUUGUCGAGCACUCAGGGCUGCGCUGAUCAGCGUAAUCAUUCUCCUUUAUUAGCAAAUGGAGUGAAGAUUAUUCUCAGCUUCUCGUCUUCUGUGAGGGUACGGAUUACACCACGUUUUUUUUUUUCUGUUACACUAAUUUAUAAAGUUUGGCAAAGACAGAAAAGAGGCGUCGCUCUGCCUUUGUUAGAAGACACAAGACAUGGAAGCAGAACAAAAAGCCAUAUGAGAGGAGCAGCCGUCCAUUCAGUUUCUCACUCUGCUGACUGCUUGAGAAUCCGCCUCCUCAGAUGUAGUCGGCAGUGUUAACAAUCAUCCGCCUUCUAGUGACAUAAAGUGUCCUUACUUGUGAACUCUGCAGGGUGAUCACUCUUUCUGUUUAAGUUUUUUAAUUUUUUUUAUUUGUGGUUCAGCACUCCUCAGGCAGACAAAGAUUUGGUUAACCGGUGUUUGAACUUUCUUUUUUUUCUGCAGUACUACUGAGUUUACUCCCCAAGUUUUACGGAAGCAAAAAUGCACCUCCCACAGUUCCUGUUUCAUGAAUGUGCAGCUUUUUUUUUUUUGUGUGUGAGGUUUUUUUUGUGGAUCGCAGAUGUCUUUUAAUAGAAAAUGUUACCUUUUUUUUUUUUUACAUUUUAGAAAUGUUAUCCAUGUUGAUAUAGAGGCCGCACACUUUGCAUUGAUAUUUUAAAGUGUACAAAAGUGACACUAAUUUUAAAAAAUAGUGUAUUUUUAAGUCGGCUGUGUUAAGAAGCUCAUGUUAUCCAAUGAUUUAUUGAAACUACGUUAACAAAAAAGGACUUCUGAAUGCAGCUAUUAGUGUUAUGACUGUUAGUUUUCCUUAAUAUCUUCUGUCUGACACAUGGGGCGGACAUGAUCAAAACAUGAGUUAACAAAACGACAGAAUUCCCCAUAGCGCCCCCUCAGAUCUGCGUUUGCAUGAUGAUGUUCAUUUAUUUAAAAGUCACACCUGGUUGUAUUUCCAAUUUUCCGUUUGCUGUUUCUGCAAGUUUUAGUUUCUUUUUUUUUAAACAGAUGAUGUACAGUAUAACACUGCAGACAGAUUUAGUAUUUUAUUUGUUUUUUGAAGAAGUAAAGAUAUUUUUAUUGCUGCAUCUUUCUCUCUUCCAAAGUUCACAUAUGUCUUCAGGUUUAAGGAUGCCUUCCAAUAAAAGCAACAACGAUACAAA